ACCCGCUGCUGGCGCGUUUGGGCAGGCCCCGGCAGCCUUUGGCCAGGCAUCGUCGACCGAAGGCACGAAGCCCGCUGCUGGCGCGUUUGGGCAGGCCCCGGCAGCCUUUGGCCAGGCAUCGUCGACCGAAGGCACGAAGCCCGCUGCUGGCGCGUUUGGGCAGGCCCCGGUGGCCUUCGGUAAAGCCCCUCCAGGUACCAGCGCAUUUGGUCAGGCAUCAGCGACCGGAGGCUUGCAACCCGCUGCUGGCGCGUUUGGGCAGGCCCCGGUGGCCUUUGGUAAAGCCCCUCCAGGUACCAGCGCAUUUGGUCAGGCAUCAGCGACCGGAGGAACGCAGGCCGCUGCUGGCGCGUUUGGGCAGGCCCCGGUGGCCUUUGGUAAAGCCCCUCCAGGCACCAGCGCCUUUGGUCAGGCAUCAGCGACCGGAGGAACGCAGGCCGCUGCUGGCGCGUUUGGGCAGGCCCCGGCGGCCUUCGGUAAAGCCCCUCCAGUCACCAGCGCAUUUGGUCAGGCAUCAGCGACCGGAGGAACGCAGGCCGCUGCUGGCGCGUUUGGGCAGGCCCCGGUGGCCUUUGGUAAAGCCCCUCCAGUCACCAGCGCAUUUGGUCAGGCAUCAGCGAUCGGAGGAACGCAGUCCGCUGCUGGCGCGUUUGGGCAGGCCCCGGUGGCCUUCGGUAAAGCUCUUCCAGGCUUUAAUGCUUUUGCGAAGGCACCGCUGGGUUUGUCUUCUGGCAACUUGUUCGGCGCUGUUGGUGGGGGAUUUGGUUCUGAAUCCCCGAGUGCCGGCACUGGAACAGCGUCAACGCCAGGGUUUGGACCUACGAGCGCAUUUACGAACGCGCUAG